AAUAUUUAAAUGCCACAAGACAACAAUAAUAGUGUGCCUUUGAUAGUCUUUCUACCUAUAUUCAUUUGCAUUAUAUCCAUUCUAUUUCUUAUAGACUUGUAUAGAAAAAAACAACAGGAAUCAAGAGAUUCACUAAAUGAACAACUGCAUCAAUUAAGGCAACAACAGCAACAGCAACAACAAAGUGACGACAGUGAUAAUGAAACCGUAGAAGGAUCCUCUACGGCAGUACGAGUCAAAAAAAUAGGAAAGAAAAAGGAAGAAAAACUAAAGCGCAAAGAGGCAAAACGACAGUACAGAGAAUACCUAGAUCAGCAAAUCCAAGCAAGAAAAGCACAAGAAGAGAUAUUGGAAGAACAGUUCAGACGGAAGCAAAUAGAAGAAUCGAUUAGGAGAGCAGAUGAAUUGGAGAAAAUAAGAAAGGAAAAGGCCAAGAGAGCAAGGCAAGAAGAAAAGGAAGAACAAAAAAAGCAAAAGGAAGAAGAAAAGAAUGCGAGAGAGAGAGAGGCCAAAUAUAAUAGAUACCAUGACAAUAUCAAGAAUUGGGUGAAAGAAAACAAGUACUGUCAUUUGGAUGACUUGGCUGAAUUCUUUGGAUUAUCAGCUGAGAAUAUCAUCUAUAUUCUAUCUCAACUGUGCAAGCAUGAUCCAGAAUUUGAAUUGAGCUUAUGGUCAGGUAAUCAGUUCCUGUAUGUCACAAGGAGUGAUUAUCGUCAAUUUGAGGAGGAUUUGAAAAAAGAAGGCAAGAUAUCUGUUCAUCAAGGCAAAGUUUAUUAUUAAGAAAUCUUUAUCUUUUCAAUCACAUCUCUUAAACUCUGCAUGACCUCAAUCUCCUCAUCCUCAUUUUGUUCUUGUUGAAUCUGAAUAUUUGAUAUCCUCUUGGUCAAUUCGUCCAAUUCAUCGCUCUCUUUCCCUGUAGAAUAAUGUUUUAACAGGCGUAUGAUCUAUAAUAAUUAUAAUGAUAACAGUAGUUAGUAAUGUGCUAUAAUAAAACAUAUAUCAACUCAUUACUUUAGUCACUUGACUUAAUGAUU